AUGGACGAUCCAGGCAAAAGAAUACUUUGUCAUUUGUUAUCUUCAUUUGAGCGUGAGGAACUUAUUGCGUUGAUUGUUCAUCUGAAAAAUGAACUACGAAAGAAAGAUAGGCGGAAAAACAAUUGUAAUACCAAGGGUGGACGGUCCAGGGAGGAGGAUACUUCACCAGUGUGCGACCAGAAAUUAGUGCCAGUGAAGCAUGAAUUCGAAAAGUCUGUAAAACAGCUGAAGACUAAGAAUAAACUGACAGUACUGAGUAAUGGAACUGAAAAAGAGCUGAGAGCAAAAAUAAUAAAAAUUUGUGCUGAUGAUGAGGUACAGAGAACAACAGUAAGUACAGUGAAAAUGACAGAAUCGCCAAAAGUUGCGGCAUCGGUUGAAAAAUCGGAACCAAAUGCUGAUGAUUGCGAAAGUGGUGAUAAUUCUGCAAGUACACAACUCGAAAUAACGGUUGGCACAAAAAUAGGAAAUUUAACCGAAGGACAAGCAUAUUCAUUCGGUGGAACAGAAAAUGUGUUGGGACGGCCAGAAGAUGAAGACAGAGUAUCUGAACAAAAGGAACAUGUAUCUGAAACAAUGCAAAGAAAAUGGGAAAAAUAUGAAGAUAGUGAAGAUCGAGCUGAUGAACAUCCAAUGGUUGAGGAUAAUAAAGAUGAAUGUAUAGAAAUAUCCAACGAUGUUGCAGAUGAUAAAUUUAUAAAAGGGAACGUAAAUGAUUGUAGUGAAGUUCAAGAAUGUAGUGAGGAAGAGGAGCCUACAAGUGAUACACAACAACAACUGGAAAAGAUGACAUCCAUGAAGAAAAUAGGACAAGAGGAUGAAAUAAGAUUCGGAAAUGCGGAAAGAGGAAAACUGAAAAAAAAUGAGGUUACGUCUAAUUUCGUCUCCCGAUCGAUAUUACGAACAACGUCAGCGCAUCUGAAACGUUUAGAACUUUUAAUUGCUAAAACCAGUUCCUGUUCAUCGUCCCCAUGA